GUGGAUCGCUCUGACCCGGGGAAACAUAAGGGCUUGGGAUAUAACAGCGAGGUAUAACAAGGGACCGGGCUAAGUACAGCUGUAUCCUUCACCAUGAUGCAAUCUCUUCGCCCAUCUCGCCCAGUGGCUUCCAAACUCCCAAAACUGGGGAAGCCGGUUCUUGCAGAAAAUAAUCAACCCAGCAAGGUGGAGAUCAAUCAGACGAAGCGUUCUCCUUCCUCUCCACAGGGAGGUGCAAAGAAGAGAGCAGCAUUUGGGGACAUUACCAAUGCUCACAAAAACCCACAGUUACUUCAGAAGAAGAAGGAGGGAAAGAAAGAGGGACAGAAAGUUGCCAUCAAGAAGACUAAAAAUGCCCCCACAAGUGAUGUUACUAAGAAUAAUGAGCUGAAUAUCAAAAAGACUCAGAAGAAGGUAAUAGUAACUGAAGAGCCCCUCCCUGAAGUAAAAGAAGAGAAAUUAAGCAAUGAGGAGAGAAAAUCUGUGCCUGCCAAGGAAAUACCUGCUGAGAAGGUUCUUCCACCAGGUGUUGAGGAUAUAGACCAGGACUCUCUUGACGACCCAUUUUCGAACUCAGAAUAUGCAGUGGAUAUUUUCAGCUAUAUGCGGGACAGAGAGGAGAAGUUUCUGCUUCCCAACUACAUGGAAAUGCAAACAGAUAUUAGCAAGGACAUGAGGGCCAUCCUUGUGGAUUGGAUUGUGGAGGUUCAGGAGAACUUUGAGCUAAACCACGAAACCCUAUACUUGGCAGUGAAACUGGUGGACCAUUAUUUAGCAGUGUCUGUCAUCAUGCGGGAGAAGCUCCAGCUCAUUGGUUCAACUGCCGUGCUCAUUGCAUCCAAGUUUGAGGAGCGUUGCCCACCCUGUGUUGAUGAUAUCCUGUACAUCUGUGAUGAUGCAUACAAAAGGGAUGAAGUUGUUGCUAUGGAGAUGGAAAUCCUGCAAAAACUUAACUUUGACAUCAACAUCCCAGUCCCAUACCGCUUCCUGCGAAGAUUUGCUAAGUGUGCCCAUGCCACUAUGGAGACUCUGACGCUUGCCAGGUACAUUUGUGAACUCACGCUACAGGAAUAUGACUUUGUGCAGGAGAGUGCAUCUAAGGUGGCUGCCAGCUGCCUUCUGCUUGCUCUGCAAAUGAAGGGGUUGGGUGGAUGGACUGACACAUUACUGCAUUACAGUGGGUAUCAGACCAAGGAUUUAUGGCCCCUAGUAAAGAGGCUGAAUUUCCUGAUCACAUAUCCAGCCAACGAGACGUUAAAGGCAGUGAAGGACAAGUAUUCACACAGGGUCUUCUUUGAAGUGGCAAAAUUGCCUCCCUUGGACAUGCAAAGAUUAGCAGAGCCCCUUCAGAGCUAACACUUGGCCACAUUGUCCCAGGAUCUCUUCUCCUUGCCCUUGUGUAUAUAUAGGCUGUAAAUAUAUUUACUUGUAUGUAUUUUCUGUCUCUAGGCAGGUUUUUUUUAUGCAUUUUAUAUGAACUGUGCAUGAGCUUCAGAUAUCACAGAGCCUCGUGAGAUGCUAAUGUUAAGUAAAAAAAAAAAACUGAAGUCUGUAA